AUGGCCUCACUGUCUACCGGAUCGGAGUAUCAUCUCACUUGUGGAUUAUGCUGCCAAGACUUUGAUUCUCCCGUGACUCUCAAGUGCCUUCACAGUUUCUGCCAGUCGUGUAUACAGAGUUAUAUAGAUAAAAGGAGUAAAGAAGUAGAAGCCGAGGGAUGUUUUCUGUGCCCUGUUUGUGAUGAGAUAAUUCAGAGCCCCUGUGAUACAUUACCUAUAUCUAGAUGGGCUGAAAAGUUACCAUCCAGUCAAUUUUUGAAAUGUUUGGCUGAUACAAUUACUGGUAAAAGUUCUGGUGAUUUAUGUGCUUUAUGUUCCGAUGCUGAUAAUAUAGUUAAAGCUACAGUGUGGUGUCAAAACUGCCAUGAUGGGUUAUGUGAUAACUGCUCUGUGGUUCAUGGGAAAAUGAAAGUGACCAAAACACACGGUACUGUUCCAAUAAGCAAAGUGUCUGAACAGGAACGUAAUAAAUCCGGAAAUCCUAUUUGUUUAUCUCAUCCAGAUCAUUGUAUAGAGUUCUACUGUGAUCAGUGUUGUGUAACCUUGUGUCAAACGUGUGCUAUUGUAGCACAUAGAAAGUGUAAAAAUAUCGAAAGUGUAUCGAAAGUUGCACGGACAAGUCGUUCCCAUCUCCAUCAAUCACUGAAUGAAAUCAAAUCACAUGUUAUAAUGGCGGAGAAAAAUUUAGCCGAUCUACAAAUCAAAACUAAUCAACUUGAGGAGAGUAAACAUAGAACUGACCAGGCAAUUAAAGAUUAUGUUAACGAUAUCAUAAAGACAAUCAGACAGUCCGAAAGCCGACUACUUGAGAAAUGCGAGAAAGAGUAUGAAAUAACAUCGGGGGAGUUGAUAACCAGACAGACCACAAGUAAGAAAACAUUCACAGCUUUAAGGCAGGUAGAGAAAUUUAUUGCUUCUGUAAUUACGAUGGGUUCAGAUACAGACAUAUUAAACAAUACACAAUUAAUCGAAAUACAGAAACAUCGUCUGUUAAACAUAUCUUCUGCAGAUAUCAAUCUACCCAUCUGCGUCGAUGUGAAGUUUGUUGAAAAUCAAAAAUUAUCUUCUGUGGUAGAGACUGAGGUAAUUGGAUCUAUCAAACCACGCUCUUCCUAUAAACUCAUGAGAUUAGAAACUCAUUUAGAAGGAGAAAAUAAGGGUGAUUCUAGUGCCAUAGAUUUAGUUAUCGUGACGGUCAACAAUCAGUGUAUUCCCAUUGUAGUCGAUGGCACCAAUAACUGUAUUAAACUUCUGUCUAAUCCUCCUCGGAAAAUAACAUUACGCAAUCCAAGACGAAUCGAGAAACUGAACAACCAAACAGUGAUAGUUACAGCCAGUAAACAUGUUAUGUUUAUUGAUGUUAUACCUCAAUUUCAAGUAAGUAGAAUGGUAGAAACACAAUCUGACUAUACUGGAAUUGCUGUAAUUGGUACCAACCGUCUGGCAGCUAGUAGGUCAUCGUUCUCUGGUGGGUGCUUUAUUGACGUCAUUGACUUCUCUGGUACCGUGUUACAGAAACUAGUAUUAAAAGAUUUAUUGGAUCCUAGCUAUUUAUCGGCAACUUAUAGCGGAAAUAUUCUCAUAUCAGAUUGCAAAUCUAAAGCCGUAACAUGUUUAACUCAUACGGGAGAAAUAUUGUUCACUUAUAGAUCUGAUAACGGAGAUAAGCUCAAACUUCCUUACGGUGUUUGCUCUUCAAUAGAUGAGUGUAUUUAUCUAGCAGAUUACAAUGGUGCUAGAGUUCUUAAACUGAAUAAAAAUGGAGAAUACAUGGAGGACUGCUUAACAAAAUCCCAUGGUAUAGAUAGACCACGAGGGGUGGCUUUUGAUGAUAAUGAUUAUUUAUAUGUGUGUCAUUGCAAAGGUUGGAUCAAUGUUUUCAGAAUAUCAUAA